AUGGUUAGUCCCUUUUUCUGAUGUUACAGACAGCUGUGUGCCUAAAAUGUGAUAACUUACUGCUAAAAAAGGCCUCUACAUACUUUUAAACCUACUUUAACUCUUCAUUUGUGUAGGUUUUACUCGUGAAUUUGUGUUGUAAACAAACAUAAACAUGACUUUGAGUUCUGUUUUCUACUUGAGACCUCCACAUCUGCUCCACAACCUCCAACAGCAUCAUUACUGUGUAGACUUGUCUUAAAUCAGAUUCUCACAAAGACAUGCACUUGUUAAGUCAGCACUUGCAAAUCAGUCAAAAACCCCAGCGGCAACAAAUCACUCUGACAUGAUUUAAGUUGUGUGACUUAGCUGAGUUUUGUGGUGGGAAGGGAAUCACAAGAGAAAAAGAGCCCUCUGUUGCAUCUCUAGGGAUUUUGUUUACCAUCCCCACCCACUCUGGUGUGAUCAGUGACAUGCGGAGGCAGAGAAACUGAGAAGAGAGACAGCCAGGCAGACACAUGAGCGGGGAAAUUAAUCCAAGAUAGAUAGAAAUUAAAGGGAGGUCAUAUUCUUGCUCCUGUAUGUUUGGUAUGGGUGGAGCGUUUUGGCAGAGAGAGGAAGAGAGAAAAAAAACAGAGAGAGGGAGAUGGAGUAGGAAAGAGCGGAAUAAAGGAGGAGGGUAGGGUUUCUUUUUUAUUUUAGGAGACUUGGACGGCGGCAGCAGCGGUUUCGGUGAUGCCGCAUUUUCCACAUUGGGCCUUAGAGAAAAGAAGAGACUGAAAAAAGCGAAAGAGAGGGGGAACAAGGGAUGGCACGGACUUCAGGGGGGGAAGAACAUGUGCAGUACAGUUUUGUCCUCCUCAGUAACAAGUUGGGUGGAAAAUAGCAACAGAUGUCAAGUUGCGUACGCAAAGCAACGUCAAAUUUGUGCAGAAUGAGUUUGUAAAUGCUCAAAACAGAGGUGUUAUCAAGCAAACAACAAGUGUACGAAUGAAAACGUACAUGCAUCCGGGUACAAACACUGUUGCUAACACAUGCACAUAGGUGUUAAAAUGUAUCAACAAACAGUCAUGGACAUUGAGUUAUACUGCGCUUAACAGUGCUCCAUAAAAUGCCAAGCAUAUGUAGUAGAUGGUAUUUCCAUUCUCCUCAGUCUGGUGGAACAUUUAGUGUGUACCAGCCUCGAGUCUGGCCGGGAAACAGCAACUGAAACUGGUGGAAGUUACCGCUAAUGAUUCCCUGUGUUUGUUUUGACCCACAUGGCAGACCAGGCGGGUGGAGAUAACAGCACUGUAACAAUCCAGACCGCCUAUGUGAUGCUGUCAGUCACAGGAAUCUUUCACUGUGUUUUCCUGUGAUUGUCUCCGACGUGUGCGGUGCACAAAGACACAAAAGCGCAGCUUUCUAAUGCAAAGUUUAUCAUCGGUUAUUGGGCGCCAAAGCAAUUCAUGUUGAUACUUUUGAAUCAGUCAUCACGGUCCGGGGCAUGUCUGCCUGUCUAACUGGAUUGAAUGAUAAGUUACAGUACUGAAAGGAACCGUGCGUUAAUUCCGUAGCUCCCUGGCAUUCGUGCACACUCCUUUUGUCGCCUCUCCUUUGUCGUGCUCAUUCUGUCCCUUUGCUUUUCAGGCGCAUGCAAAAAAACACCUGCCUCCUCCUGGUAUCUAGAAUAGGAGGGGAGUUUAUGGCAGUAGGACUUUUCACAGGUUAACCUCUUUUCGUUUUUAAGUACCGUAUUCUUCAGACUAUAAGGCGCACUUAAAAUCCUUAGAUUUCCUCAAAAUUUGGCGGUGCGCCUUAUGUUUGAUUACUUGUUGUGCUUACUGACCAAUUUUAUGUGGUACAAUGACAUACACGACAUACAUGUACUACUUUUGUAAGGAACAAAGCCGCUCUGCUCAAUGGAUAUUCGGAGCAUUAUGGGAAACUGUGUCACAACCUGAUUAGCCCUGUAACAGAACCCCUGAGCAGUCUACAACACUGCCUGACGGUACGCGCUAGCAACAAUGAACCAAUCAAUGCUUAAUGCGCCUUACAAUCCGGUGCGCCUAAUGUGUGAACAUAGACAUGUUGAUUCACAGUGCGCCGUAUAAUCCAGUGCGCCUUAUCAAUACGGUAGGUUUUCAUGUUGACCAUCAAAUGUCUUCCUCUGUUUCAUGGAGACUCUGGCGCAGAUUUUUACAUUUUGGUCUCUUCUAAAUAAUCUGGUUCUCCUUUUUCAUUUUGCUGAAAGUAAGAAUGUUCCCAAAGUAGUGGAUGUACAUUCACUUCAUUCUUGGGGUCACCCUUACUCCUCAUUGCCGCUGCAAGUUGAAGCGACCCAAGUGCAACACAGCAGAUGGUGAAGUAAUCUGUUAGCCUCAGUGAAAAUCGCGGCUGAAAUUGAGCGUUGAGUAAUCGCCCAACCCUGGCCGUUGAUAGCCGCUUGGAAAUUUCACACUCACGCAGAUAAAUGUGACAUCACUUCAUCAAAUGUUCUUUUCCUAUAUUAUACCAUAAGGAUAUCAGAAAACCGUAAUGUGAAAUCUGGUCUGCUGUUAAACUCGCCUUCUCACGCUAUUCAGCGGCAGACUGCAGCACUUAAGUGGUCUAAAACAAUCAGUAAAAGCUCCAGCCGAGCUGUCUGACCUACUGUAGGUCAGGUUGGGAUUGGAUAAGAUUUAGGAGAGGAAAUCAGUCUCAGGCUUCUCCUCUUUCUUCUCCUCCAUCCUCCCUUCUCUUUGUCUGUGUCUGUCUCUUUUUCCUGCCUCCUCCCUUCACCACCUUGUCGUCUUUCUGUUCCCUCUCACCCUGUCUGCAUCCUUUUCAUAUUUUCCCUUAAUCAUGUCAUCUACUGUCACCCCCACCCUCCUCCAGCUCUCUCCUGUUGCUGUCUUCCUCUCUCUCUCUCUCCGUCCUCUUCGUGUACUGUAGGGGUCUACAUCUGGUUUCUAUCAUGGUUGCUGCUGCUCUUGUUUCCCAUCGAUCUCUCCCACCGGUCAGCCUCCUCCUCUUUUCUUUCCUUUUCCCCUCUUUUUGUUCAAACUUUGAGUCUCCGUUGGGCCGUCUGCUUCUCUCAAUGUUUCCAUGUCACAUUUAAAAUCUUUAAUAUUGGAGUCUCGCACACUCCGACAGUCCAAGUGCUUCACAUCUGCCAAAACCACUUGAACUCUAACUUUAUCUUUGUUUCUUAAGUAAAUAACUACUUUUCCUCUUUUUCUCCAUUUUUGCGUUCAUGCCAAGCAUCUGUUCGAGGGACAACAGCCACCUCUUCCGUUUCAGUCUGUGUACAGCAGAGAAAGACAGGAAAUCUGACGCAAGAAUGGUGACAUACCCCGAUUCCCAAUUGAGUCUCCAUAUUUGACACAAACAGGAGGAUGCAAACUCAUGCUCUGGACGUCCCCACCAACAAUCCACGUGCUGCAUGAACACAUUUUCCGGUGGCUUCAUAACCACAGGCUGUAAAUAACAGUGGACCCAAUGAGUAAGAAGUUAACCGCAAGUUUGUAGCUGGUAGUUCUGGAGACGAGAAAUAUGCUCUUGCUGCCCAUAGUAGCCACGAGUGUCAACACGUGAAAGGCUAGGCUACCGGACGGGCGAAAGAUGCUAUGGUUCAAACUCCUAACCCAAUUGGAAGACUUUUUAAGCCGGGCCAUGAUGCACUUAAUUGUGCUAUAUUCCAAGCUGCACCAUCAUGCAACAAAAAAGGCAUAUUCUGUGUCCUUUAAAGUCAAUCAUUUGGCAAAAACAACAAGCGAUUAUGCUAGCCCAAAAAAGGUCAUCUUGACUGUUUAUCGAAGUUAAACAUUUCUAACCAGACCAGUAUGUCAUUUUAACAUUGACAGCAGCCGUGCUACAAACAGAAUUUAUUUUUUUGACAAAAAUGCUGCAGUUCCUUGAGUGUCCACUAGAGGCUGGCUUGAAUAGACCAAGAAUUCCCAUUAGUUCUCAUGUUAAAUUGCAAAUUGUUAGCAAAAUAUAAAUAUUUACAUUGACAAAGUCCAAAAUACAAAUGUGGUACAAAUACCACCAUGGACCACAAACUUUUCACCAGGAGGCUAAAGGCCUUUCUCAACUUCGCCUCUUAACCUCUUGCUAGGUCAACCAAAAGCUUAUACAGUCUAGAAUAAAAGCAUAGAUAGGAUAUCAGCUCCCUUUAAAUGUAAAAGCUCUCCUCUUGUUUUGUUUAAUCGUGCAUUUUCCUGGAGGACUUGUGAGAAGUAAGCGUUAACCUGUCUCCGGUUGAAGAGUAACUGAAUAGUGUGUUAAAGCAGAGGCACCAGGUUAAACAUAAGAGUCUCCUUCUGUCUUGGAGUCUGAAAGGAAAUCUAAUUUACAAAUUCUAUAAAGGCGUCUUUGUUUCAUGUCAGUGUUUAGGUCUGUGAUCAAACAGGACAAGGGCUGAUUGCAUUAGCUGCGCUGCUAACUUUAGGUUAGGAAGGAGUAAAAUAUCUGUGAAUAGUCCUGACCUUUUACCUUGAAACAAACCUGACAAAGUUUGGCGCUAAAGGAGUUACCCCGGUUUUACUUAAAAAUGAUGAAUCUUGCAGGUUUUUCUUGUCGUUUUCAUGUAGUUUGAAAAGCAACACCACUUUUAGCUAAUGUGCAUUUAUCCGGGUCUGAAAACACAAAAACAGCUCUGAGGGGAAAUUUCGUGAUCACACUUUUUAGCAAAAUUUUGUCGCUUACAGUUAGCUAGCUUCUCUAAAAAAUUAGCUAGCUAAAAAAACACUCCCAAUUGGCUAAAACUGUUUAAACCACAAGUGUUAAGUAGCUAAACCGCGCAGUAUUCAGCCCUUUGUGUGUUUUUUGUCAUACCACAUUUGAAGUGUUGUUGUUCUGGUAUUCACAGCCGGUCUGAUGACACAUAAAGAGCCGAGUCUUUAAGAAAACCCACAUGAACAGACACUAGAGGCUUUGCUUUGUUAUGUUUAACUUUUCAGGUAAUUUAGGGCUGUGCUGUAAUAAGUCUUGCGGGACACUUUAAAGGUACUUGAGAACGAGAGGAAGUUCCUACUGGCUCGCCUCCCAAUCCUCUGGACCCCCUGCUGUGCUUUUACUGCCCUCAAUAUGUUCUGUCAGUGAGCCAGGAGCUUGUUUUACAGCCGACAUACCUAUUACAACAUGCUCUCUCUACCAGACGGGUGUUUACUGUUGAAUGCUCACUUUUACACUUCCUACUGUGAACGUGAUGUAAAGACGUCCUCACGGCACAAAGUUUCAUUUCACUAUUUUUAAAGUUUGAAGCGUUCACCAAAGAGUUUUUAUGAUCCUUUUACAGUUUUCCAUUCAGACAAACCCAAAUUACAAAAAUACACAAAAUCAAGUCUGCUAAUCUGCUGUUGGUUUCAGAGUUCAGGGUAUCUAUAGCAACUGUUUUAAUAGAAAACAUAACCGUAAAUUUAAGGGCUGCACACAGAGUAUACUUUAAUCAAACUAAUGGCUCCUAAAAGUGGUUUAUGACAUGGAAAACUUCUCUGCAUGCCAAACUUGACAAAGUUUUAGCGCGUCUUAAGGUAAAUGGGAAUGAUUUGCAACUUUCUUCUGCAAAAAAAAACAAAACACUGAAUAUCCAGUUUCCACCAAAGCCUCUCUCUCUCUCUCUCUUGGUGAUUUUGUGGUUUUGUUCAUCGAGGAGCCAACAGACUCACAUGACCCUAAAGCUGUAUUACAGAACAUUUAUAUAAGAUUUGUCUUUUUCCCCCCUCUCUACAAACUGCCUUGAAGCUUCACUCCGAACUCCUCUGUUACCAUGGAAAAAAAUAAAGCUGCCUGAGUUUGUGCCCGGCAGUGCCACUCUCCUGCUGUUGGUUGGUGCCGCAAGAGCUGAAGUCACAGUCGAAGCGUUUUCUCUGCAGCCCAGUGGAAACAGAAACAAACAUCCCCUUCGAGUUACCUUGAGCAACCUCGGCAGAGCAGGUUUCCAAGCACAGUUGGACUUGGAGUCUUGACCGAUGCUACACUCUGCUAGCACUAUGUUUGCAAACGCUGUACGCUAUUUAAAGGCGUGGUUGACGACUGGAGAAGCAGUUGAACAAAGCAGAGCCGUUGAGGCAGAUUUGAAAAAAGCGUCCCACUCCUCCAGAAGCUGUAUCGCCCUCCCCACGACACACCCCCUCUGGCAGAGCAAGAAGCCGGCCGUCAGAAGAUCCUAUGCUAACUUCAAAUCGGAUUCACGAUGUCGGAUUGCGAGUGACUAGCGGCAGUAAACGCCAGCUCUGCUAGCAAGCACUGUCUGCAGCUGCCCGGACAGCUACUGUGUUGACAUUGCAGAGACUAAUAAGAGUUAUUUAUGUAACAUGUGCCACAAUAAAAGGUGAUAAAAAUGACCUGUUCAACAAAAACAGGCGUCUGUUUUCAGGUCCAAAUCCUGGCCAAGCUUUCUCCACCACUCAAAGGAUGACCUGAUGUUUAUUCGAGUUACAGUCGUUGCUUGGUCACAUUUCCUCUUUGACUCCGCCUUUUCUUUUGGGGCGAGCAGAAGUGUUUUUUUUGCGUCCUUCUCCAUCACAGCUCCUGUAGCUAAGCCGCUACGCUACUUUUAGCCACUCAGAGUUCCGAGGAGGGCCGGGGGAGUGGGAGGGGAUGAGUCGGAACUACAGGAAAAGGGUGUGUCGAAUACAGCGAGGUGGUUGGAUGGAGAGGCUGAGCAGGAGAUCGACCAAUAGGAGCUGUCCGGGACGGAUGGCUCCCAUUGGUCAAUGUUUUUGCAGCCCUGCACCUGCUAGGGUGAACAGAUUUUUUCCGUUCUUUUUUCUCUUCACUUUGUGGCGAUCGCACUAUAGGACGACGAUCACCAUAGAAACGAGGUUCACAACAAUUACCAAUAUCUCCAAUCGUCAACCAUGCCUUUAAGCUAAUGCCAGUUCUUCUUUCGCCAUGCUAGUGAUAAUGCGAGCUGCUAGUAGCAUCCAUCACAUUAACGGCUGUUUAGGUUGCUGUUUUAACAAUUGCUGUAAAUGUUAGCAUUAAAUUGGCGCGUUAGCUAACAUUCAAUGCGUUUGAAGCUGUAUUUGACAGUUUUCUGUGCAGGUUUUAAUCUAAAAACAAAACAGUUUUAUGGCCUUUUUCCUGUUUUUCUGUUUUUCUAUCACACUGUAUGACGACUUGACCUUUUCCGCGGCUAAAUUUCCAUCCCCCCUCCUCGUCUCUUUCAGACUUUGGUCAAAAAAACCUUUCCAAAUGAGACUUGACAUUUGUUUUAACCUCAGUUUGAGCAGCACAUUUGUUGAAUUAUUUAAGCACAAGCAGAAGUUGCAUAAGCUGUAAAAAAAACAGUUUGUUUCAAAGACAUUUGUGGUUGUUCGACUCAUUCUGUCCUCCUCUGCGGUUCACCAAACCCCCCCUCUGCUGCACAAAAACAAAACGAAUUCCCAAAUACUGUUGAACCUGGGUCUUCUUCUUCCAUAACCCCCCGACUAACACCGCUGACAACUCAUUCCCUCCUGGCCCCUCUCUCUCCCUGCAGCCGCUCUGUUGUUUUUCCGUACACCAUGUUCUCCUUUCCUGGGUUUUCUAUCCCUCGGCUGUUGUAGUAAUGGAGCACACAAUAUGCCGUCUGUUGAAGUGAAUCCUGGCGUAAUUGUUGUCAGAUGACACUCAAGAGGUGAAACAAAGAACGUCGGGUGAAAAGAAAUCAGAGAGUCAAAAGCUGCGAAAGGGGGUGAAAGUUUGGGAAAGAGGGAGAAAAAAGCAGCUGGGAAGUUUGCGGGGAAGUUGGAAAAAAAGUCGCGGGUUGCCAUGCCAACGCUCUAUGUAGAAAAAUAAACAGUUAAUGUGUUGCAUGCACUGCUCUGUCACCCUCCGCCUUCGCGGGACGGCCCUCUCCUAUGAUGUGCGUGCAUGAAUGGCGUGAGUGUGUUUUUUUCGGGGAGUUAACAUGUUGACGUGGUUCGACUCUUUUGUUCUGAGGGGUCGUUACGUUUACGGCCCCUCGGAGGGAAACGUUUGACACUCCCCAGACCGUGCAACAGGAAGUUUAAGAGUAGAAUAUGCGCGUGUAUGUGUCCGUCAGCAAAAUCUAGAGACAACACAAACACAGACAGUAGAGCUGACGCAGUGUCCGGUUAAGAAUUAACCCUUUCUCUGUGUGUUUGUCUCUUUCUCAGGGUUCGGAGGCAAUGGAGGAUUGCGUGCAGGGGGCGCUCUCGUCGCUCUAUCCCCCUUUCGAGAGCACAGCGCCGCCUCUCCUCUCCCAGGUAGCACCCACACACCUUUUUCUAUCUCCAAACAGGCAACGUAAACAAUGCAGAUUUAAUUAAAUGAUAAGGGUAAACGGCGAUGCAGUGUGCAGAUAAUGUGGAUUUCCCCCUCCUGAUAUAAACGGCUGCAGGAGCCAACACAAACAAAUCCAGCCAGAUGGUCGUUACGGCCAAACCCUCUUCCUCUAACAAGAGGCUUUUUUAUGACCUGCUUUACCCAAAUUUCAACACAACUUCUGCUUUUGCGUCAUAACAUUUAUUUUAAGGGCAGAGCUGUUUCAUAUUUAAAGAACAAAAGUCACAAGAUUCCCAUAAAAGGGCCACGAAAUUAGCUGCAAAUUUGGACUAUCUUCUUAACAACACAUGGGAAUUUGGUGGUCUCACAAACAAUCGUGCAGCCUUUAUGAUUUCCUUGUUUUAUUUCUGAUUACAUGCUGUCUGAGCCGAGGGUACUGUUCCACCCUGUCCUGAAAUCCAUUAGAUACACUCGAAACGGCGUGGCGGCCGAGCUGAAAUCGAUCACAGCGGAUGAGAAACUAAGAUUCAAAGUCGGAGAGUUUCCCACAGGCGGUUGACUUGAAUCUGUUCAUUAUUCGCCUCUUUUUUCUCACAGGUCUUCUCAGUCCUGGAGUCCACCUAUCAACACGACAGUCUUCGAUACCUCCUGGAUUACUUUGUCCCCGCCAAGCACCUCCUGCACAAACUCCAGCAGCACGCCUGUGUGAGUCCCCGAAUGCAAACGAUGUGGAAGGAAACACACACACACACACACACACACACACACACACACACACACAAGAUGUUUAAUUCAAAGCAGAAUCGAUCAGACGUUGAGAAAAUAUACAGUGUUGGAGGACUGUCAGCUGUUACAUUUGCCAAGUCUAAAACACGGGAAAACGCCAAGUUUAAAGGAAUCAAUCAAACUUUAUUUAUAUCGCACUUUUCAUACAAGUCAAACACGGUUAAAAGUGCUUUAAAUGAUGUCUGAACAGCAAAAAAAAAGACAUAAAAUGGGACAUUUUCAUUGAAAGAAACAGGAUUAGUAGAGAUGCAUGAAUGGUAGUAAAGUAAAUUUAAUUAAAACAGUAAAAGAAGAGAUAAAAACAUAAAAAAGAAUGAAAUGCAUUUAGUUUAGAUUUUAAAAAAGUGUAAUUAAAGCUCCUGUGAGGAACUUAACAUCCUUUACUCAGAUUGUCUUAUCACAAAAAUGUCAUCUUGCCAACCACUGAUGAAUAAAUAUAUCAUUACGAUGAAUGUUUGAUGUGGAAAAUGUAAAAGCAGAGCUGUUUCUUAGCUUACGAGCUAAAGUUACUUAGCACAGAUGAAAGUUAAAACAAAGACGUUUAGCAAACUGUUAAAGCGCACAAACUAUCAUCAUAUGAGAAAUCCGACGCUAUGACUCUCCACAAGUCGUCCUUCAGGUCGUUAUCUUUGUAACAUUUGUGUUUUUUAUCAAAAAUCCCUCUGUUCUCUGACACGUAAACAAUCAGCCGGUCGGCCAUGUUGGAUAUACCAGUGAAUCUGACGUCGCAACAACACGAAAUCUGAUUGGUCAGAAGUGGACAGACAGUAUGCAAAACUUUAGAAAAAUCGACUGUGAUACGAAAACAUGAAUGCCGAAAUAUCGCAGGACGGGAAAACGUCGCUGAUGUGAACGCUUGUAUUGACAGGAUAAUGGUUCGAAAAAAAAUAUUGACGUCCAAAAUAAUCGUACGAAAAAAAACUCUCCCGGUGUGUAAGGACCUUAAGACACCCAGAUAAUGCGAUUGGAAUUCAAUUUUCUCUACCAUGUAACCAGCGUAGUCGGAGUAUGAUCGGACAAUGCGUAUGCGCUUGCACCACACCCCUGUAACCUCAGAACAAAAACACCAGAGAAGAGGAGUAGCGUGCAUCUCAACUAAAGAAAAAGUACGACAAAAUCAACGCUGUACGAUGGCUCCAUCUUCUUGCUCGAAAAUGCGGAGCAGCAGUUGUAGCUACCUCUGACGUCUGGCACGGACCUGCUGCUGUUGUUGGGUCAACGGAAAACAGCGCAGCUGAAAAGACCCAUAUCGCCCCCUAGUUUUGGGGAGGAGGACACGUCUACGUCAAUAACCCGAUUUUCUCAGCUGCAUGUAAAAGCGGACAAGGAGAGAAGUUCGAAAAAAAAAACGAAUCAUGAGCUUAGUCCGAUUAAGCUGUACAUGUGAACGCACUGACUGGUUUUAUGAAGAAACAGUCAGUCCUGUUGCAGAUGGUUUUGUUUGCUUUUAUAUCUCAUUAAAAGGUGUCAGUGUGAGAAAAAAAAAAAACUCCUCACAGGAGCUUUAAUCAGAUCUAAAGACCUGCAGGAGUCAAAGUCAAUCCCCGCCCUUCACUCUUGUGCCUUUAAAUCUCCUUGACAAGUUCUCAGUCUGGUUUCACAGCUCCAGAUAACAGGGAGGAACCGGUGCGAAGGGAAGUUCAAGGCAUUUAUAAUUUGGCACAUGUGUGACCCGACUGCGCUGCGGAGGGUCGGGUCUGCUCUAAAGCUGUAACACGGCCGUUGAAUUGAGCGAAAGUGGCUGGUGAAAUUUGAGAUUUACCAGCCGCUGUGACCCGCAGACAAAAGAGGUGGUUUCCUGUCUUGGAAGCUGCGCUGAAUGGACGGAGAUGAAUGAAACGCAGUGAAGUGAAGCGUAAAUAAAAAGAGCUCUGGUUGCAAUUUUUGCAUGAAAACAGUACGAAAUAAGAUACGUUAUGCAAACUGUGCAAUUUCGACGUCGUGUCCUCGCAUCGCUCUCGUGCAUUUCUUGAUUUAUGUUUAUAUCCAACCGCAUUCCUUUAGUUCAGCUUUCCAACACAAAGACGGGUAAACAACACACACAGUGUUUAGGAGAAGCUUGGAGGUGCAGAGCUGUCUCAUAUUUCCCCUUUAAGGUUUUCCUCGUCUCACACACACACACACAUAGGAAUUGGCAUUGUGAGCAAACUAUGUUUUCAUUGUCGCUGAGUAGAGCUGCCUGGGACGGGAGUUAGACUGUGAGUCAUAGCAAUAAUUCCUUCCAUAUGUGAGUGUGAGAGAAAGACAGAGAGAGAGAGAGAGAGAGAGAGAGAGAGAGAGAGAGAGAGAGAGAGAGAGGAGCAGACAGCAGGCAGUGGGAGAAUCCAUUCACAUGUGUGCGUGAUCGUGUGUACUCAGAGAGGGGAAGAUGCAGGCCUGUGUGGAUUAUAGUGGACUGAUUGAGGGAUUUUUGUGAAAUGGUAGGUGUGGUGGAUGGAGCAAACAGUGGGGGGCAUUGAGGGAGAGGGAGAGGGAGAGGAGGAGGAGGGAGGAGGGUUAGAGAGUGUGGGCUGACUCAGAAGAGUGAGGAAAGGUUACUCAUGGUUUAAACAGCUACAGCUCCAACUUUAAGAUUCAAUGUCUGAAACAGGUUUCAAAAGAAAGUCAGGAAAGGACAAGUUUGACAUUUUGUUGCAGUUUUAAAAAUGGCGCCUCCCUUUUUGUAUUUCUUGUUUUUUUGUGAUGCAUCCAUCAAAAGGACCCAGACUCUUCUACUACAGAGUCACACUGUUGUAAUACAUGCAUAAACUGUUGCCCCAAAACUUUUAAGUGUCAUUCAGCAUGAAUGGCGUCUUCUGAGAUACGUGAGCAACCCAUGCCGUAGACACUUGCACAUCAUAGAUGCUAGUUUUUGAACUGUACACUUAAAACAAAUCAGGUGGUUCCUCUGCAUGUAAAACCACAAAACAUGGUCUCCAAAAGGAAUGUCCAAAUUUGAGAAAUCGCCAGUUUUUGGAGGCAACGUUAAGACGAUAUAGUGAGUACAUUUACAUGCAGUUACAUCUUGAAUAGGCGAUUUAAGUGGACAAGAAUCGAAUUAUAGUCAGAAGUUCACCCAGUUACCACAGGGUUGUCUCCAGGUUGACCUAUUACGUCCAAAAAAACUUGUAAAUACGCAUUAGUAAGAAGUUAGCGUGAUGUAUGUUGAACGAUGAAAACACUGCAACAUCUUCAAUUCUGUACCUUUUGUUCAUGGAGUAGGAAAGUUUCGAUUUUAUAUCCUUUCUUCACUUGUUGAAAGUUCUCAUAUUCGAGAUUUCAGUCACACUGAUUUGUUUGCAUUAAUUUCAGCAGCAACUUCAAGUUUGACGUAUGCAAUAAGUAGAUUUUUUGAAUGUAUGGAGUGACUAAAAUAGAGUUUCCUUAGUUUGCAAACAAACAAAAUCUUUUUUUUUUUUCAACAUUUUUCUCCUUUUUGGAUUUAAUACCCUGACAAAAAAUCUACUUUUUCUUCCUCCAAAACUUUGCGAAGAAAAGAGAGGCUUAAAGAGAAGGUAGAGAGAGAGAGGUGGAGUAGGGUUGUUGUUAGAGAGAGAGUGAGUAAGGAAUAUAAUUUGAUCACGACUCGUGAGUCUGGAGGGCACGAAGGGGAGCAAGAGCAGCCCUGUGUGGGUCGAUUAGAUGUGACUGGGAGCAGCAGAGAUUGGUUCUUCUACCUUUAGACUGCGAGAGAGAGAGGAUAUACUGUAGAUCUGACACAGCAUUGAUUAAGGUGGGGACGGCGGAUGGACUAAGGUGCUGUUUCAUUCUUUUCACCUAAAUUCACAGAACUCUUUGGUCUUUUGUGAGACUUUCUAAAUUUAGACUCGUGUUUCUCACUGUUGCCUGAUUAAGACCGGUUUCCUCACUCUGGAGACGUUUCUUGAUGUGUUUUCUGCUUUUGAAACAGUGCGCUGUUGUAACAGUGGCUGGCUGUUGUGUUGUUGUGUUGGUCAUCCGUCCUCCUGACUCACCCCGACUCUCCAGACUCUUCUGCCAGCGUCAUGCCAGCUAAGCACUUUCACACUGCCUGAGUCACAUGUCUGCUGUUUGUAUCUGGUGCUGGCGUUUGGCCAGUUGAUCUAGCGAAUUCUGUCGACUGGUGCGGUAUCAGUUCUAGAAAUUCGACUCACUGAAUCACUAAGCCGGGCGCUGACAUGCUGGCAGGCUCCAAUUGGCUCAUGUGGGCUGUGAUUUGUGAAUGUGAGCGGAAGAUUGUGUAUGAGCAUAAAAUUGGAUCAUGUCUGGUGAAAGAGGACUCAAAAAGCAAGAGUGCAAAGAAAAGACUCUAUUUACACUGAUUAUCCUCCCCUUUCCUUUUGCUCUUGUCAUCACAGUCGCAGUACCUCGGCUGCUUGUUCCUUCACUCCGGCUGGCCUCUGUGUCUCGGUGAGAAGGUGGUCGUCCAGCUCUCUACCUUGGACUGGAGGCUUCUGCGCUGUAAUGACUUCUACCUGCAGGUGGUGCCCUUCUCUACUCGCUGCCCACGGCUUGCCCUGAAAUGUCUGGCACCCGGGGGGCGCACUGUUCAGGAAAUCUUGGUACCUGAGUCUCAGCACCCCCUCGUGUUCACGACUGAGUGGCUGCACAGCAUCAACAAAGAACGAGGCCACAAGAGAGAAGGUAAGAAGGAAGGGUGUCCCGUAUUUUUGUUGGUAUUAGAUGGUGACAAAUCUCUAAUCCUGCUACAUAGCCUUUAAUGUCCCCCAUCCAAACAGGAAGGUGGAUGGUAGGGAGGAACCAGUACAUCACCACGGUUGUCCAAUGAGCAACCCCGUCACCAAGUUAGGCCAGCAACAACUCAGGGAAACACAACGGUUAUUUCUGGUGUCCCUGGAGUACUUUUUCCCACAUGCACCAUAAAAGACCGGAAAAUAGAAAAAUCAGGGAGUGGAGUAUGUAGAGGUUUGCCAAGAAGAAGGCAGAUCUAGGGUUGGUAGCCUGUUUUGGUAAGGACUAGGUUGGACACUGUGUCUUCCAGAGAGAGAAGAGGAGCGAAAGAUCAGAGCAGGUUGAGCUAAGGCUAGACGUUUCUUUCCCUGUUGGUAAAAUCGUUCUUUUAUGUCUUUGUGUAGUUGGAGGAGGACUCGACACCUGCCUGGUCAGUACCUGUGAUGGUGUUGUGCGGCUCCCCUGGAAGGAGGUCGUCUACCCAAAAUUCAUCCACGACCCUUCUGAGGAGCUGAUGUCCAACCACGAAAACCGCCUACCCAGUGAGGGGGGUAGCAGCCUAGGAGGCUGGGGUGGCUCAUCCUCUGGGGAACCUGAUUCCUGGUCCUGGGAUGAGGAGGAAGACGAUGGUUUACCGCCGGAUGGCUUGGCUCAUGAGCCUAGACGAAGGAGAAGUGAGGAUGGGCUUGGGCGAACAGCGAGGCUUCCACAGCUGGAUGGGGACUACGUAGAGCUGUUGGAGCCAAGAGUGGGCCCUGAUGGAGGGGUCGAUACAAGACAAAGGUACCUGGAGAUGCAUGGGAUUUGCAAGACCAAGACUUUGCCUCUGGUCAGGAGAGGUAAAGCCAUCAAACUCAGGAAGGGGAAGGCUUGGGGAUAUGGACGACUGGAAGGAUCAGGAAGUUUUAGAUCCAUCCUUGGUUCCAAAAGAGAAGUAGCACCCCCUAAAGGUGACACUGCCCCACCACGGCCUCCAUCAGGAGUCGCUGAAUCCAGAGGAGGGAGGCAGUCUUACUCCUCUUCUGUUCACGACUCUGAUGAAGGGGAUAAAACAAGCAGAGACUCUGUAGGCCUGGGAAGCCAACGGCUUUACUUUGAUGGUCCGUGUAAGGAAAGAAGACCUGGUGUUGGCAAAGAAAGAGAUAGUCUUACGAAAGAUUCCGAAAGUGGGGAUGGUCCUGAGAUAAACGACACGGCUAACCACAAAACCGGACAGGUCAUUGAAGGCCAAUCGGAUCACGGAUCUCAUUCAGACUCUGUUUUUGAGGAUACUGAUAAACCACUGAGUGGGGACAGUGAUGCCACCACCCCAACAUCAGAUGCACCUGAAAGACCCUUCACUGGAGUUCUUGAAAGUACCAAAGGUGGAUCUAAAAUGAAGAGCACAUCAAACACAAAGGUUACCGAGGGAAAGGAUGUUGGAAAGACGGAGGACAGAGUCUGUCCCAGAGGAAAGGAAGUGAAAACAGCAGGAUUCAGAGCACCAAGGUAGGAGUCUGUUUCCUAUGGGAGGUCACACCCUGUCCUUCUGUUUGUUUAUAUCUUCACACUUCCAUAUGAAGGUUCAGAUCGGUAACACUUGGGCGCGAACUCUCCACUCGAGAACCGCCGCACACACAAACCUGAAGCUAACCUCACAGAUAAACCUUUUCAACCUCCUUUGAGGGAAAGUUUGUUAAAAAUCACAUCAUCCUAAGUGGAACAAUUCAUGAACCUUCAUUAGAGCUUCCUUUGUUUUGUCUCUAGGAGGAAAAGGAGGGGAAAAGGGGCCAAAAGCAGGGCGAGGUCUGGUGGUCGGGCACACCAGAAGGGAUCAAAACAGCAGGGUAAAGCUUCUCAACCAAGUCCAAGUACAUCCUCUGCUUUGGUGAAUCCACCAAUCACAGAGGAGAACCAGUUGGAGUCAAGAGAACAGGCGGAUGAACCUGAUGGGGUACCAACUUCGACCAGUGAUGGUAAAGAAGACAAGAGGAAGACUAGUGAAGGUCUGAAGACGAUGGUGUGGUAAUGCAUGAGUCUUGAGAUACCACACAGAUGAUUCUAACUUCCUUGUUUCUGUCUCUUUACAGAAACACAGGCAGAGUCGUUACCUGUCUGCAACGGCCAAUCAGGCGCAUCUUUAUUUAACCACUCGAAUGAAGAGUCAGGUUCAGGUGAGACGUGUCCUGACAAAGUGAACGGUGCUGCAUCUAAAGAUCCUCCCCUCCUGAGAGAACUGGACCCAGAGCUUCUCCAGUCGGGGAAGUUCAAGUUGACAGGUGAGUCUGUCCGUUCUGAUGCUUGAGGAGCUUCUGCAGAAUCUCUUCAAGUAUUUGUUGUGGUUGAUUUUUGGACGAGAAACUCUACCCAGGAGUAACACCUCAGAUAUCCAUCAGUUUAGCAAGUGGCAACAAAUAUCAAGCUACGGAUUGUGAUCUCAGCAUGUUCAAACGUCUCUUAAUGUCAAUCAUGAUGCUCUCUAUCUGCAGGUACAGUGGACAGGUUAGGGCGUGCUCUGGUCGUCACGGAAACGGAUAAAUCUGAGGAGAGCUGCUCAGAGGAGGAGAUGGCGCGGGUUUUGGCCUGCUACCACAGAAUCACACGGUAAGGCUUGUAGAUCUUGUAAACCUGUCUGUGCAGAGAUCCACUUUGAUGCCACAAUAUGGCGUUUCCUUUAUCGCUCGAAACCUCUAACUGUAUCUUUAAUUCGUUAAUCUCUCUGACCUUAUGUGAGGCAUGUCAGCGUGUGCUUUUUAUUACGACACUCAUUUGCAAGCUCGCUCAGCCAGAAGAGCUUCAUAAUUACAUUUGACUCAACUUGCUUUCUGCUGACUUUGCCAAGUGUAGAUGGUUGUGGGGGGGUGGGAAAACAGAGCAUGUGCCAAACAGCUGGAAAACCUCAACACACUGAUUCAAACUUUAAUUUAAAGAGCGACUACGAGCUUGGCCGUAAAUCUGACGAAAAGAAACAAUCAUCUGCUGAUCAUGAAUCCAAACUGUAGAGUGUAAGGAGUGAAGGGAAAGCACAUCUCUUCUCUGUUUCAUGGGUUUACACGAAAAGCAAAGGCAGGGAGAGCAGCAGCAAAAUCCCCCAGCAUGCAACGUUAAUGACGCGUUCACACCAAGAGCGAGUAAAAUCAUCUACAUUCGUAUCUAGAUGCUUAAAGGCCGUGGAUAGUCCUUUAUGCGAAGUUCAACAGUGAUCCUUGCCAAUUCAACCGGUGGGAUCAAGUGAAAGUCAUCGGUUUUUCACAACUUACCAGAAAAUCCGACCUCCUCACUCACGUGGAUACGAGAGAGGGGGAGAGUCUCCAUCAAGCACGGUAGGAGUGGACCAUGUUCAGCGGAUUGCUGCUUUGUUUUUGUUGUGGAAGACCCACAACCGUCGGAGAUGUUGGUGUCGCCGUGUCUGGGUCUCCUCCAAUAGCUGCGCCAGUUCCAGCUUGAUUUCCGGGUUACCUACACCCAAUUUGAUGACCUGUUGGUAAGGGUUGGUGCUAGGAUGUCCCUUCAGGAUACCAAUUACAGGCGCUCUAUCCAGUGAACGUCUUCCGGUCCGUAUUCAUAUGUCACAGGGGAAUCUUCACGCUGAUUGGUUAUCGUGACGUGAAUAUUCGCUCAAGUUGCGAUAUUUUCAACUCUCGCGAAUUCGCGCCCGCUCAAGUCACAACAUUUGCGCCGCCAGAGUAGUACGAGUGUCUAAUCGCGUCUUUGCAUGGAUCUAACAUGUAAUUUAUUCGCUUGGUUAAUCUUGGUGUGAACGCGCCAGUGUUGUUUUCGUUGACGAUGACGUUGACCAAAUAUUUUCGUCAACAAAAACAACACUGUGAGGAGCUAAACAUAAGUCUUAGAUGACUAAAAUGUGACGAGACGAAUGUGCGUUUACAUUGACGAGACGAGACGAGACUAGACGAAAAUGUCAGUGGUGGACGACGAACAGAGUUCGAAAAUUCAUGAGCUAUGAAGAAUAUUUUCGUUAACAUCAUCGUCAACGAAAACAACACUGGAAUGCACCAUAAGAGAACAUAUGACACUUGUUAAAUCAGACACAUCAGAAAAAGAGGGAGUGGUUUGAAAGUUUGUAGAAGAUGGAUGUCCUCUAGAUUCAAACUGUGGGAUAUUUUUUUAUAUAACAGACUUUUUCCCCCGAACAAUCCUCUUGUUUUAACUCUGAAUUCACUCUCCAUCAGUCCUUCAGCCAAAGAAAAAGGUCUCACGGUGCUAAUGGACAGCAGACGCUCUCCGCCCUCCACUCUCUGCCUCUCCGCGCUUAAAUCGUUCCAGGUGAGUAAAAAAAUAAAAAAAUCAAAAACUGCCAAAUGUUUGCGUGUCUGAGCCUGCAGAUGCAAAGCAAAGCUCAAGCACAUGUUUGUGUGUGUUUUGUAUGUUCCAGGUGCUGGUUCCUGGCGGCCUGGGGUCUGUUCUGGUGCUGGUGGAGGAGCAGCAGGAGUCCUCCUCCUCCUCCUCCUCCUCCUCUUUGAAUCUUGAAGGAGCAGAGGUGAGCUCGCACGAAUUACACCCUCGAGUUUACGAUCCAGGAGGAUGUUUUCUCGCUUGGUUUGAAUCCUGGUGUUUACACAUCUGAAUAUGAGAGCAGAUUGAACACCCACGUGGAACAUUAGCCGAAUUAAAGUCCCUGAACCUCCAUUAUCAUUAGCGUCAUAAAAACAGGGAUAAUUGCUCAUAUGAGGAAUGCAAACAGAGUCAGAGUGAAAAUAAAAAUUCACAAGCCGUGCUUCGUUUGUGUUCGCUGCUAAAAUCUGAUCUUUAACAAAAGCUUUUAGCUGCAGCCAACAUCCACGUCAUGCAUCGAGCUGAAUGAACCUUAUUUCCAGACAUUUGGCGCAUGGAAGGUUGUAAAUAACCCCAAAUUUUUACGCUCAUUCAGGGUAUUAAUUAGCAGGUUGCUUUUGCUUUUAGUACAUACACACUUCAUGUUAUUUUAAGUGAAACAGUGAAGGAAAACACAGCUGUUGGAGCAGCACUGGUUGAGAUUUGGUGAUAAUUAUUUCUGUUCCUGUGGGUGAAUUAAUCGCUGAUAUUAUGCAAGAGUGGAAGAGGAACAUUUGUUUCCCUUCUGUUUUCCUUUUUAAAAACAUUACAGGGUCUUAUCUAAUGUGAAGGCUGUAAAAUAUGUACCAAACAGAGACAUGUUUGGGUACAUGAAAGCAUUUAGAGACGAGUUUUUACCCCCAAAUCCACAUUUUGAUUCGUCUACCAUCUGUUUUCAUAUAUUUUCAUUUUUAACCAGGGCUGGGCGACAUGACCUCAAAUCAAAGUCACCUUAAUAACGUUAUUUGUCGUAAAAGAUGUACUUUUUUUAACAACUUCAGAAGGUUAUGAUUGUGCUUUUAAAGAAAACGGAUAAACAAUAAAGAUGGCGGUGAGUUUGAGUGAAUUAAGAGAGCUACACAUCCGCAUGGAAACCUCACAUUGCUGAAUGCAGUUAAAGUGGUCUUGCAGGAAACCUUCGCCAACAACAGACUGUAUUCAAUGUAGGGCUGGGCGAUAUGGCCUCAAAUCAAUAUCAGGAUAUAUUGAUCAGUUCACCUCGAUAACGAUAAAUGGACGAUAACUACUCCACAAGCUGCUCACUCCCUUCUACAUUAACUUCGUCUACUUCAGUCGCCGUCCUCCAUCUCCUCACCUGUCUUUACCUCUUUGUUAUGGACUGGAUGGGGCGGAGUCACGUGUCUGACGUAGGACAGCAUCUUAAAGGGACAUGAGACCAUAGCCUACCUACACACAUCCAAAACCAACUUUUAUUUUAACACUGAUUAUACCCAUAUGGGCAAAAUGACGUCGGUUAUUGACGUAAAUGUCGAUAUUGGUAAAUUUUGGUUCAUCGCCCAGCCCUAACGUUUAUAGAUUAGGGUACAAAAAUAAAGUAAAAGCUUAAUUUUAACAUUUCUUUAUAACAAAAUUAGUUCUACAAAAAUGUGAGUAAAUGUGAGUAAAUUUAUUGGUAAAUUUUCGGUUUAUCGCCCAGCCCUAACGUAAAGUUAAAUCUCGUACAAAAAUAAAGGAACGGCUUAAUUUUCACAUUUCUUUAUUAAAAAAAAUUUAAUUGUUUAAUGUGAGUACAUUUUUUGGUAAAUUUUCGGUUUAUCGCCCAGCCCUAUUUUUAACCCUUCCUGCUCUCCUCAUGAAUUUGUGGUUUCCAUGAUUUCCACUGUCAAAGUUUGAUUCCUCUGCUUUCUCACGGCUCCGUUUCCUCUCCCUCUGCUGUGUUCAGGUCCACACAGUUAAAGGAACAGUGGUCCUCCAGCAGCAUGUGGACAAGCAGCAGCUGCCCACAGAGAUGGACGGAGAGUUCACACACUGUCAUGCAGACUGGCUGGUCUUCAGACAAGUGAGUAAUCGUAUUUUGACAGAUAUCAUCUCAGUAUUUAGUAGUUUUUCGCUCACCAGGCGAGGAUCAUUUAAUAUCGACCAGUAUUUGAUCAUAUAUACCCUUGUAGUCGUGUUGUUUGGUUCACUUUUAUUCUCAUAGUUCUUGGAUGGAGGAUGAAGCGAAGGCCCGCAGCUUUAGGGAGGAAGCUUUGAAACUAAAUUUUAUUGUUUGUUUGAUUUUCAGUAACCAGGAAAAUUUGAGGGAGUAUUCUGGGAGGGAGCGAAGUUUGCAGAGGAGGAGGUCUAGAUAAGAGCGCGUUGGCUGAGAGAGAGCAGUCAUCUGGGUGUCGUCUAUGAUUGCAAACAUUUGUGAUGGACCGGCUGUGUAUUAUAAAUCAAGAGAGAAAGCCUAAGGACUCUUAAUGGCUUCUUAGCAGACAGUUUAUGUUACUUUAUCCAAACAGAUGAAAACAUUUCCCCGUCCUCUGCUCUUGUUCCCUGAACUCUCUCAUGAACCCACAGAGAGGGAUUUAGAGGAACAUCAGAGAUAAACCUGCGUCGAUUUUACUCUCCUGUUCAGGUGUUUUGAUUGAAAACUGAAGUAAAUCUCAGAUUUGACUCUGAUCUGUUCGCUCUUUUCUGCAUGCAGAGCCUGGAGAGUCUGACAGAGCGCUGUGAGAGCGCCCUCUCUCUGCUAGAAGAGGCACUGCAGUCCAUGGAGGCUGAACCCAUGCCGGAUAACAUCAAGGUACUGAAACUCCAGAUGUUUUGACCUCCUUUAGAGAAUGUUAAAAACUCAUCAUAACUGAAAUGAUUUUGCUUUAUGAAAUGGAGAAACUUACACACGCUCUACGACUCCAGCAAGAAACAAAAACUCGAAUGUGGUAAAAAUGGAAAAAAUGUUUUUAUUUGUAUUUUUUAUUUAUAUUUUACUCUGUAUGAAAAAAUGUCUUUUUUCUGUUAUGGUUCAAAUAAAAUUAAGUUUAAUAAAACAAACUAAAAUGUUUUUGCUUUGAAAUAUUUUCAAGGUAAGAAAAACUUUUUUAAAAAACAUGUUUUUGUUCUCCAGACCGUUCCUCAGAGCAUCGACAAACACCGGCAGCUGAUGGCGAGCGUCCUGGCCGACCAGCGUGUGACUGAACUACAGCGAAGGGGCGGGGCUUGGCUCGCUGGGCUGACCAACAGCACGACUGGACUAGCACAGAAAUCACCAGACUGCAGGUACCAGAAGCCAUGAUGCUUCUUUUACUAUAUUUAUUAUUUAUUUUUCUCCCUUUUGAUACAAACAUGCAGCUAUUUCGUGCUAAAUUGAUUUUGUUGUUUUCGUUGACGAUGACGCUGACGAAAAUAUUUUGUCAACGUCAUCGAAAAAAACACUGCAGAAUAUAUGUUUAGUGUUUGACUGACGAAGUGCUCAUGGAUUUUGCAAAACUGUUCGUCGUCCACCACUAACGUUUUCAUCUAGACUCGUCUCGUCAACGUAAACGCACAUUCAUAUCGUCACAUUUUAGUCGUCUAAGACGUAUGUUUAGCUCGUCAACGUCACGCCUUCGUCGUGGAAAAAAAGGAAUGUUGAGUUUGUUGACGAUGACGUUGAAGAAAUAUAUUUGCCAUCAUCAACGAAAACAACACUGCUCCGCCCUUGAGGAUGACAUUUUUUAAUUAAUCCCGUGAUCGGACGGGAAAAAAAGCAACGGGAGCAGGAAUAACAUUAAUAGACAAUCAUUUUCAGCCGUGUUAAACAACCAGAUGAACAGAUGCGUCCAUUUUUGCAGUCAUCUCUCAGUGAGGGCCAACACUCUUGACCGCGCAAGCAACACAGAAGAACUACAACAGUGGUUUGACUUCCUGUCACCACCAGAAGUGAAAAGCGACUCGGAGCGACUGCCGCUCCAACUCCGCUGCCCCUUUUACCUAAAAUUUGAAAAAAUUCUCAGUUUUUUCAACAUGUUUGGUUUUAUUCAAAUGAGAGGAGUGGGAGUAAUUUUGAGUGGGAGCGGGAUGGGAGUGGGAGUCAUUCUUCGGGAGUGGGACGGGACAGGAUUAAUUUUUUUACUCCGGUCCGGGAUUGGGACGGGAUUUUUUCUCUGGGAGUGGGACAGGAGUGAAAAUCCGCUCCCGUGUCCUGCUCUACUUCGCACACAAGCGUCAGUAUUGAAAUAUGAUCAGACACUAAUGUGGGACUACAGCUUAAAUAUGCGUCUGCUCAUAUAUGGAUAAUAUUAGUACCUUUAUACCUUUACAGACCUGUUUUCUCACCGAUAAAUAUUGUAGAUUACACACAGCCUGAGAUAUAUCAGAUAUAGACCUCAUGAUGAGAACAACAAAUCUCAGUAGAAACACUCAAAGAAACUCAAAUCUGGUCCUGAGGGGCAUAAAAAGAGAUCCGAGUGCCCUCUGAGAUUCUUCUGUGGGUAAAAAAAAGCGAAGGGUUAAAAAAUCUGCUGCUCAUAAUGAAGAAAAAGUUGUUUUUCUUCUGCAGACAAAUAAGAAACAGAGAAAAAAAGGCUGACAGAGCCCCGCAGCUUGUUUGUUUGAAUGACUGCAGCUUUACGAUGAUCUAAAAACUGCUGUAUGUGUAGCUCCUCUUCUUAUCCAGUAAUGAGUUUUGGCUCCGUCUGCGCAAAGAAAAUAGGCCAAAUACAAGUAUGAGCUGAUUGCUGAUUUGAUUCCUUUUUCUGUCUGACAGUUGGUCUGCAAGGCUUUUCUUUUUUUUGUGUGUGUGUGUGUUUCCCAUAAUAACAUUUCUACCAUCUGUGAUUUAUGGCAGCGACAAGUCCUCAAUUUAAUUAUAAUUUGAAUCAAACAAAGAAGAAGAAGAAGAAGAAGACUUCUCACUCUCAGUUUUUCCACUUUCUUCUCAUCAGGGCCGCUCUCACCACAACCUCCAAACUCUACGACAGCGUGGAUGACGCCCUCCAUCGGCUCGUCCGGGUGUCCAAUCAGAGAGGUCGCGACCUGGAGGCGCUGGGACGGCUGGCGGGGCUGGUGGACAAACUUGAGAAGGUGAUUAAUGAGGGUCGAGGAGUUUGAUUUCAGACUCGUUUCCUGGACUAACUAGUUGGGUUUCCCUCCUUAUAUGUGGCGUUAAAGAAGUAGAGCCUUUCUUGUGUUCCCUGUUAUGGCCAGUAGGGGGCAGCUCUACUUCAAAAACAGAACCAUAGAAGUCUAUAAAAGAAAAGGACCCUCCUCUCAUCUGGUUCAGUUACUUAAUAAACAUGAUCCUGAUGAGUUGCAGCUCAAAGGCGUUGUUGAGAGAUGAUCACAGCCUGGAGAGGACUGUCGAACAAUCAGAUUCAGGAACUUAGGGGGGCCUCACAAGAACUGGACUAAGACAAGUUCUGUGUUCCUACUGUCAAGACCCUCUUUCAAGGUGCUUGAAGUCUUUUGUGACGUUUCGAAAGUCUGUUGGGGAUUUGUGGUGACAUCUGUCUUCUACUGUUAGUCGAAUGAGUUUUAUGAAAGCCACAUUCGAUGCAGGUCUUGGAGACCUAGAGAGUUUCUUUCCCAGCAAGGACCAGAACUGACAGAAACUGGUUUGCUAAUCAUGGUGUUAGGAAUCCCAAAAAAACUGCUUACCCACAAUUUCUAUCUCAUCCGGAACGUCUACAAAAAGGCCGUAUCCGCCGAUCGUAGCUGAUUGUAACCGUUCAAGUUAACGUGUCAAUUUCCACCGGCUUCUUUCCGUUCCGCUGCGGAUCGCCGGACUUCGCAGCUUAUUGCAAGAGUUCUAUUUUUUCUGGAUGCUGGAGCAUAACGGAUAAAUUCAGCACAGAUUAACCCGUGCUGGAAAGGAAGUCGGACAAAAAAUAAAACAUCCAGCUUCUUUUCAAAAUAAAACACUCAUGUGAAAGGUUUAUAGACAGCUUUUUACCCCGAUGACACAAUGGAUGAGGAGAUGCUGAUUCUAGAAGUCUAGAAGUAGAUUUCCUCCUCUGGAAGGACACAAUCUACUGCUUAUAGGGUUAGCCUAUGUUGUUAGAGACAACUUGUUAUCGCGUGAUUGCACGUGAAUCCGCGGGUUCUUGUAAAUUCUUCGGAUUCCUGCUGUCUGUAAUCCGCCACGAAAUUGGCCUCACAAAUGGAUCCGAUAGGAACUGGCGGAUGGCGGUUACGGAUGCGGUGGAAAUCCUGGUUAAGACAAAGUCCACGCUCUUCCUGUCAAGACCCUCCUUGACUGCUCCAUCGUGUGCUGUCUUGUCUUGUUUUAUCAAGUCCUGGGUUGAUGUAGAUCUUAGAGACCUUCAUGCUUCCGUCUUCUAAAGAGCUUCAUGGAGAUACAGAUUUCCAGAACUAACCGUGGUGUUAGCCUGAAUCCCUGAAGAUGUCCUCCCCCUUUUCUUCUUCUCUGCUGUUUCCAAAAACCUUGAAUUUAAACUCUCAUGACUCUCUUUUCUUUUGUGUGUAAAACCUAAACGACCUCUCACCUCCUGUUUUCUGCUCCUUCUUAACGACUCCUCGUUAUUCUUUCGCCUCUAAUGCGCCGUAAACAACUCGCUAUCUCGCUGUCCUCUUCCCUCAGUGCGAUAAGGAGAUUGAGCAAGUCCAGUCUCAGCUGGAGGACUACAAGGACCCUCCUCUGUCCCUCAGCAGGCUCUCCCUCAAACAGCAGAAGUUCAAGACGUUCAGAGAAACCGCCAACGUGAGUCUGUGAUAUGAUAUUGAUGAUUAAAGCUCCUGUCAGGAACGUUUGGUAAACACUUUGGCUUCUUCAGGAUCUACACAGUGAGACUCUGUCCGUGCUCAGUGACUUGGAGGGCUGGUGCGAGCUGGACUGGGCGGGCCUGAGCGACGUCCAGAUCCGACUUCCUCCAGUCAGGGAGAAGCUGAGAGACAUGUCCCACUGUCUGUCCGACUGCUGGACCACGCUGGACAACACACAGAGGCUGCUGUCCACGCUGACCGAGGUAAUCCAGGAAACUAUGAACGCACGCUCACAGUUCUCAAAACUUCCUGAGUCAUCACUUCUUUCCUGUCUUCCUCUCAGGCCACACAGUGGUGCGACGCCGUCUCCACCUCCCCGUCCUCCUCUUCCUCCACCUGCCCUCUCGCCUCCCUCCCUCCGAUCCCUCCGUCCCGUUUCCAAGACGCUCGCUCUUUGGCUAUAGAGCUCGGCGGCGGGCAGCUCCUGGAUCUCUGGACCCAGACUGUGGAGCGCUAUCAGCGGACUGUGGCGCAGGUUAAACCCCGCUUCCUCCAGUCUGACAGGAACCAGAAUCAAGCCCAGGGGAGGUCCAAAACGCCGUCAGCGAGCAGCCUGUGGGACUUGAUGGGAUCUGAAGGGGAGGGGGACUGGGGACUGGGAGCCGGAGGAGGAGAUGGAGGGCUUCAGUCUUGGGGAUCCUUGGCGUCGCUGUUCAGGCCGCAGACCUGCUCCACGCUGAAGAUCGGAGACGAUAAAGGGAAUAAGAAGGAGGGCGCAGGGGGAGGAGUCAUAGGAGGAGUGGGCGGAGCUGGAGGAGGGAAGUUCCUCCAGAAUCUUCUGAAUCCUGCGAAGAAAAACGUGAGUGAAGGAAAUCAAAUCCUGCAAUCUAGUGUUUAAAGGGAUAUUCCGGCGUAAAAUUAAUGUAGGGUCAAACACUGUAACACCGAGUUAGACACCCUAUCAAGAGAUGAAUGUUGCCAACUGUUUGCUUCUCUAGUUUUACCAACUUUAGUAACGACCGCACGAUAGCAAUACACAGCGGUCUGAGGAGCCAUAAACAAACCUCAACCAAAACGCCACUCUAUAGCCACAAAUAAUGCUCAGAACAGCACCUAACUUCAUCAACAGGACAUAUAGGGUCCCAGCCACCAAACAUCUUUUUAACUUUGACUAAUUUCUUUAACAAAGAGACUAAACACAACUCACCUACUCUCUUCCAGCAGCCGCUUGUUUGUAGUGAGACCUCAGGCCAGUCCAUUAUGGACUACAGCGGGGUUUCACAGCUCAAGGAAGAACAUUUAUGAUCAUUUCUUCAUGGAAAUGCAAUCAGACCGAGACAGUAAGACAGAAGAACUACUGCGUCUGCAGUGCAAAAUGAUCAAUAUGGUGAUUAUUACUUCAAGGAAAUGAUAAAGAAAUGAUCAUAAAUGUUCCUCCUUGAGCUGCGAAACUCCGCUGUAGUCUGUAAUGGACUGGCCAGAGGUCUCGCUACAAACAAGUGGCUGCUGGAAGAGAGUAGGUGAGUUGUGUUUAGUCUCUUUGCUAAAGAAAUUAGUAAAAGUUAAAAAGAUGUUUGGUGUCUAGUACUAUGGCUGGGACCCUAUAUGUCCUGUUGAUGAAGUUAGGUGCUGUUCUGAGCAUUAUUUGUGGCUAUAGAGUGGCGUUUUGGUUGAGGUUUGUUUAUGGCUGCUCAGACUGCUGUGUAUUGCUAUCGUGCGGUCGUUACUAAAGUUGGUUUAACUAGAGAAGCAAACGGUCUGCAACAUUCAUCUCUUAACAGGGUGUCUAACUCGGUGUUUGACCUUAAAAAAUUUUACGCCGGAAUAUCCCUUUAAGAGGUUUAUUAUUAAACCAUUUUCCUGCUCAUGUCAUCUAAACACCAUGCUCUUUGUUUUACAGCCGACUGAUACUCCACUACCCCCAAAGCCCCCGAGGAAACGCCACCCCAGCUUCGACCUCCAGGCUCUCCUUGCCCCACGCAGAGGCGGCGCCAACCCAAAACCUGACUCCCCAGUGGGCGGGGUCAGCCGACACUCCCCCAUGUCCUGGUUGGGGAGAAGAGCCGUAGCCGACCCAGUUAUCACCACUAGCAUGGCUGCGGCUAUACCCGGAUGGGGAGGAGGAGGAGGAGGAGGAGGGGCAGGAGGUGGUGGUGGGGUGUUGAUCCGAGGAGUUGAGGUCAGCAGCAAGGAGGUGGUGGACCACACAGGGUCACCACGGCAACAUGUCCUGCUCGGGAGGACUGAGAGGGAGACGGGGACGGACAGAGGUGGUUCGAGUUCACAAAGGUGAGUUUAGGAUGUUUUCUAUUCUGUUUUUGGAGGAAGUCAUCAGCAGAAGUUGGCGCAGAUCUUCAAAACAAGACCAGCAUGUGAAAUUACUUUGGGGAGAGGCCGGACUCACAUGAAAGAGAGAAAUCUCUUUCAGAAUAAUUGAUCAGUCACUGUGCAAUCAGAGAUAAUUGAAUCACUUCAAAUUGUUUGAUCUCCGUCCAUUUUUGACUUCUGCGUCCCUCUCGACUUCCUCUUUCCUCCUCAUGUUUGUUCACUCAUCUCGUUUCUCCGUCUUCAUGUCCCGCAGUAAACUCUACCUCCUCUGGUGCCGCAUGCUGAGCUCAGAGAGGCAGUACGUCACCGUCCUGAAGGGUGUCGAGGAGACGUACCUCCCCCUGCUGGAGCUCUCAGACACCCCGACCUCCAUCAGAGGGAAAGGGGACACACUUUUCCCGAACUGGGCCGGUCUGAGCUCCUUCCACUCGCAGCACCUGCUGCCCGCCAUGGAGGGCGCUCUCGUGCAGAGCUUGUUGCAACAGGACUGCUUCAGUAAAUAUGUAAGUUCUGCAGAGUGGAAGGUUCACACAGAGGAGUAGAGGAAAGUGCUUUUUCUGACUUAAGAUACACAAAGAUGCUUGAUUUGCUAAAACCGACCCACAGUGGAGCUUUAUUUUGAAACUUUUCAGUAAGAUCAGAGGAUGACAAAUCCAGAUACUUCUUUCAGAAAUGAACACUGAAACAAAAAUCUGCAUGAUGAGAACGAAGUUUAAGGACAAAAACUACAUUUGAGAGAAAUGUAUUUCAUGUGUAUUUUGAUUUUAAAGUUUGACCCAUGUCCCAUCUGAUUACAUGGAGGAGGGUUUUAUGACCUAUACCUCUGCCAGUCACAAACAGGCAGUCAUGUUCUCCAGCUGUUUUACAUUUAUGACUUUAUAAAAUGUUGUGUGACAGCUGGUGUUGAACUGUUUUGUUGAAAUGUCACAGAUUGUAGCUUUACAUGUAACGUAAAGUUUGUUGUAUAAGAUGUACUUUUUUAUCAACUUCAUAAGGUUAUACCGUACUUUUCGGACUGUAAGGCGCACUUAAAAUCCUUAGAUUUUCUAAAAAAAAUGACAGUGCGCACUUAAUGUAUGAUCACUUCUUGUGCUAACUGACCAAUUUUAUGUGAUACAAUGCGCUCAAAAUCUGUCGAAAUGUGUAUGUAUGACUUUGGUAAGCAACAGUAACACAACCACAGAGCAGUCUACAACACCGCCUGACUGUAGUGUCUAAACUAAAAGUACAUUCAUGUAAGGCAGCCUGGAUUACGCGCUAGCAACAAUAAACCAAUCGAUGCUUAAUGCGCCUUACAAUCCGGUGCGCCUUAUACAUGAACAUAGACAUGUUAAUUCACAGUGCGCCGCAUAAUCUGGUGCAGUUUAUGGCCCGAAAAUCUGGUAAUUCUGCUUUUAAAGAAAAUAGACGUACGAUAAAGACGGUGGUGGGUUUGAGUGAAUUAAGAGAGCUACACAUCUGCAUGGAAACCGCACAUUGCUGAACGCAGUUAAAGCGGUCGUGCAGGAAAAUGGUUUAAACCUUCGCCAACAACAGACUGUAUUCAACGUAGGGCUGGGCGAUAUGGCCUCAAAUCAAUAUCAGGAUAUAUAUGACCAAACGAUAACUACUCCACAAGCUGCUCACCCCCUCCGACAUUAACUUCGUCUACAACUUUUGAACAGGCCCCCGUCUCCUCACCUGUCUUUCACUCUUUGUUACGGACAGGAUGGGGCGGAGUCACGUCUCUGACGUAGGACAGUAUCUUAAAGGGACAUGAGACCAUAGCCUACCUACACACAUCCAAAACCAACUUUUAUUGAUUUAUUUAUUUUUUGACAAUGAAUAUGUCGUAAAUUUUGGAAUCGGUAAAUUUUCUGUUUAUCGCCCAGCCCUAACUCAGUAUACCUGUGUGACUUAUAUUCUUGAUUUUAAGACAACAGAUGUUUCCACAUAACUGGGGAAAAAACACAUAAAAUUGGAGCUUCUACAUUUAAUAAUCUCCUUCUUUUCCCACAGCGAGAACAGUUCCUGCAGUAUUCCCACUACAUCAGGACCAAACCAGAUCUGGAUUCGCCCCUCGUCACCCAGGCUGCUGACUUCUUCAAGGUAAGAAUCUGAGAAACUCUUCAAAUCACCAACAUUUAAAGAGUUCAAAUGUCCCUCUCUAUUUUCCUGCUUAUGUUUCAACACGUUUAAUUAAAUCAAAGCUCUCUAUUUCUCACUUAUUAUCGCUCAUUCAUUAAUCUACACUCAUAAUAAGGGUGUCAGGGUUGUAGUGUUGUCAUUCGGUUAUUUUCCUCGCUGAAAUCUCUUUAAUCACAAUAUAGAAACAUCAUUAUGAGUUAUUCUGGAGCGCAUCACCAGCAAAAAAUGAAUUACAGUAGCUUUAUUCAGCGGUGGCUGCAAUUAAAAACGAGCUGUAUACAGUAAAGCUAAUUACAUAUUUAAUGUACACCAGAAAAGCCAAUUAAAGGCGGAUUAUAGAGAAAGUAAUUUGAGCUCGCAGGCUACAAUUAUCUCAAACUAAUACAUUGACGGCAUCACAAGAUCACUAAAAGGACUGUACAGGCAGAGAUCAGAGCGCUGGAGAGCUGCGUUCAAGUGUUUCAUUGAGAGGCAGUUUUGAGAAACGGCCACCAGAGGGCAGCGUGAGACAACGCCACGUCCCUGCGGCAGCUGGGAAACAGAUGAAGAUGUUGGAGAUGACUGCCGCAGGAGGGUUUUAUGGUUAUUGUGAUGGUGAUGGAGGUGAAGCUGAGCGAUGAUCGGGAUCAUUCGAGGGAGUGAAGUGAUGAUUUUUAUUUCAGAGGAGAGGAAAAAGACGAGUUUGGUGGUUUCAGAUUGAGAACUUGAGGGUGAAAUCAGCUAGACUGGAUCUUUAUGAGGAAAUAAAACAUAUUUAAUCUUUAUUUACAGACUCCAAGUGGAUCCAGACUGGACUCUGAUCUGGACUCUGUUUGAGAGUCCUAGAUGAAGCGUCAGAUGUAACUUAAAUUUUAACGACAACAUUUCUCUCUCUCUCUCACUCUCUCUUCUUUCCCUCUCCUUUCUUUCUCCCUUCUCUUUCUCCCUUCUCUCUCUCUCCUUUCCCUGUCCUUUUCUCUCUCUCUCUCAUUUCUUUCUCCCUCCUUUCUUUCUCUCUUCUUUCUCUUUCUCUCCCUUCUCUCUCUCUCCUCUUUCUCUCUCCUCCUCUCUCUCUCUCCCUUUUCUCUCCUUUCUCUCUCUCCACCUUCUCUCUCGCUCCCCUUUCUCUCUCCUUUCUCUCUCCUUCUCUCUAUCUCCUUUUUCUCUCUCUCCUCUUUCUCUCUCCUCCUCUCUCUCUCUCCUUUUUCUCUUCUUUCUUUCUCCCUUCUUUCCUUUCUCUCUCCUCGUUCUCUCUCCUCCUCUCUCUCUCGAUUUUCUCUUCUUUCUCUCUCUCCUUUCUCUCUCUCUCCUCUGUCUCUCUCCUUCUCUCCCUCUCUCCUUUCUUUCUCUCCCUCUCUCCUUUUUCUCUCCUUUCUUUCUCUCUCCUUUCUUUUUUCUCUCCCUUUCAUUUCUCUCUCCUUCCUCUCUUUUCUCUCUCAUUUUUCUCACCUUUCUCUCUUUCCUUUCUCUCUCCUUUCUUUCUCUCUCCUUUAUCUCUCCUUUCUUUCUCCUCCUGAAUCUCUCAUUUCUUUUUCUCUACUUUUGCUCUCUCUCCUUUCUCUCACCUUACUCACUUCUUUCUCUCUUUUUUCUCCCUCCUGUUCUCUCUCUUCUUUCUCUCCUUUCCCACUUCUUUCUCUCUUCUCUCCUUUCUUACUCCUUUCUCACUUCUUUCUCUUUCUACUCUCUCUCUCUCUCUUCUCUCUCUCGUUCUCUCCUUACUCACUUAUCUCUCUCUUGUCUCUCCUCUUUUUCUCUCCUUUUCUCUCUCUCUCUCCCUUGUCUCUCCCCUCUCUCUCUCCUUCUCUCUUUCUUGUGUCUCUCUCCUCUCUCUCCUUCUCUCUUGUUUCUCUCCCUCCUUCCUCUCAGUCCAAACUCCCCCCGGCCUCCCCGCUCUCCCCCCUCUCCUUCCCUCACUGCCUCCAGGCUCCCACUCAGAGACUCGAGCAGUACUGCGAGGCCCUGGAAGAGCUGGGAGGGAUAAACCCCGCCUCCGACUCCGCCCUCUCCAUCCUGAGACACGCCCAGCGUCACGGCGAGGACCUCCGGGCCAGCGACCUCAUCGUGGGAUGUCCGGUGAGAACGCCUGUCCCAGUUUGUGACUCUGCAAGUCUGAAUGAAGUCCCACUUUCCUUUUCUCAGAGGGGGAGAAGAAGAAAAAAAACAUGUGGAUGACGAGGUCGGGCAGCGGAGAGUGAAGGAACCGUUUUAUCACUUUUACACCUUUUAUCUGAAGUUCUUUAUUUACAGUUUGUUUUUAUUUAAAAAGGGAAUUUUUUAGUAUUUAAUUUGAAUAUCAAAAGCAGGAGUUGAAACGAGCUUCAAAUGAAUCCUUUGGAGUUUACGUACAGAAGCUGAAAUUUCACCCUCUUUUUCAUCGAGGUCUGCUUUUCACCACUUUAUAACGAAUUACAUUAAUCAACACCUCCUUAAAUUAGAAAACACAACAACUUUACUUUGAAGAGUGUGUCUGUGUGUGUGUGUGACAUGAAAGAUCUCCUAAAAUCCUGUUUUUUUAACGACACUCUGAACUGAGAUUGUUUUGAAUGCAAAUCAACAAAAAUUGAAAAAACGAUGUGAACCCUCACACCUUCACGAUCAAUUGAUGUGUGAUGCACGUCUGUACGCGGUUUAUCCAGGAUUUAGUUACAACACAUGUAUGAAACAUGUGUACCAAAAUUUGACGGCUCUGCAAGCGAUUAAACACUUUCAAAUACUACUUCCUGUUUGAUGAGGCGCCCUAAAAGACAAUAAUAAUCAAAAUAAUAACUCAAAAAUGAAUAAAUAAAUAGAGAGAAAGAGGGAUUCUUUUUUUUUUUGUAAAGCACACUUACGGUACGAAUAAGUAUUAGGGCCACAUUAGGAAAAAAACAUUUAAGAUUUAAUAAAGAGAGUAAAGUUGGAAUAAAAUAAUUUCUUAUGAGAAUAAAGUUGUAAUAAAAUCAUUACUUACAAGAAUUAAGUCGGAAUAAAGUAAUUUCUUACUAGAAAAAAAUUCGUAGCUAAUAAAAUCAAUACUAACGAGUAUAGCCAUAAUAAAAUCACUACUUAGGCAAAUUAAGUUGUAAUAAUGUAAUUACUUACGAGUAUCAAGUAGUAAUAAAAUCAUUACUUUCUAGAAUUAAGCUGUAAGAAAGUAAUUUCACACGAAAAUUUUGUCGUAAUAAAGUUAUUCUUUACGAGAAUUAAGUCGGAAUAAAGUUAUUUCUUACGAGAAUAAAGUCGUACCUAAUCAAUACUUAAGAGUAUAAAGUCGUAAUAAAGCAAUUUCCUAUAAGAAUAAUGUCGUAAUCAAGUAAUUUCUUACAAGAAUAAGUUGUAGCUAAUAAAAUCAAUACGAGUAUAAAGUCGUUAUAAACUCAUUACUUUGGAGAAUUAAGUCGGAAUAAAGUGAUUUCUUAAGAGAAUAAAGUCGUAGCUAAUAAAAUCAUUACUUACGAAAAUUAAGCCGUAAUAAAGUAAUUUCCUACGAGAAUAAAUUUGAAAUAAAAUCAUUUCUUACCAGAAUUAUGUCGUCAUAAAGUAAUAACUAACGAGAAUUAAGUCGUAGUAAAAUCGUUACUUAUGUGAAUAAAUUCGUAGCUAAAAGCUCUUCUACCUGUUGUUAGUUGUUUAAAUGAGCGCCGUGAAGCAUUUAGAUGAACUGAACUUCUACAGCUCGGUUCUACAAACAAGGAGAUAAAUCCUUCGGCAUAAUUAACGAUUUUAUUAUGAUUUUAUACGACUUUAUCCUCAUAAGUAAUGAUUUUCCUACGACUUUAUUCUCGUUAGUAAUUACUUGAUCACGACUUUAAAUGUGGCCCUAAUACUCUGUCGUACUUCAGAGAACUCUUUCUUUUACUGUAGCAGGAAUUUCAAAAUAAAGCUCCAUCCUUUUAAAAAAAAACACUUCCUCUUACUCUAUAUUGUGUUUCUCUGACACAGCAGGAUCAUUCAGAGCCGGUCGUGACAAAUGAUUAACUCCCACACACACACACACACACACACUCAGAUUACAGCGGCACAAACACUCCCAUUGAGCUCCUCCAAAUUGCGCUCGAAAAGCUCUCCACAUAUAAAACUGUACGCGCAGGUGUGUGUGUGUGUGUGUGUAGGUGUGGAUGUGGGUGUUCAAAAUGCAUGUGAAGCAUCACUUACAUCAUGACCCACACAUCUCUAGAGGUUUGGAAAUAAAAGUCCUGAUUGCAGGUAAAUUAUUAGUGAUUUUAUUUUUAUAGCGAGGCCAUUUUCGGUCCGAAUCAACCUCCGCUCGUUUGUUUGUUUUUGUCUAUUUCCUGAGUCCUUAUUAAGACGCUCCAUGUAAAAAUGUGACUUUUCUGGACCUCUGUGCGCCUCUGGUGGGAGUUGUGACAAGUCUUCUCACUCUGUAAUUGACAUGAACAAAGGAGUCCCAUUUUUACAAAAGACAUGAGUCAGCCAGCCAAUUACAGCAGAGAUCCAACACAAAGAGAGCAUCCUCGAGAAGUCAGAAUGUCACCUCGCAUGCUCAAUAAUCACAAUAAUGAAACGGCUUUGUCCUUUUUUUAAAGUCUUGACAAUAAAUCUUUUCACUCUUUGGAGCUCUGAUGUCUUCAAAUUAAAAGUCCUGGUUGUUUUCUCCACUUUAAAUGAAAAAAAAACAGAACAGAGAGUAAGCGUUAAAAGUCCAAAAUGAACUUUUCGAGGUCGCAGAAGCUCAAAGAAAACAUGUCAAAUUAGUUGUACUAGCCCUUUAAAUUGUUGAGCGAGGUUUCAUGUUUGAUUUACUGUAAGUUUUAAGACAAUGUGAGAGAAAGAGGUGGAAAAAUUCAGCCCACAAGUGAAUAAAUACCUCCUGUCCAGGUGAAGUCGGUCUGUUUGGUAGAUAAAGACCUAAAGCCGCUGCCUCAGGCCGCUUAGAGGGAAUCCUGACAUCGAUGUGUGUUUCAGAUCCCGGUCGCGGAGCGCGGCGAGCUGGUGCGUCAGGGCGAGCUGACGGUGUGCGGGGGCCCUCGGAGGAAGCGUGCGGGCAUCAGGAACAUUUUCCUCUAUCAGCACGCCAUCAUCUUCACCAAACAGAAGAGCCCGAGUCCUGGACGCACCGCCUACAGCUACAAACACAGCAUCAAGGUUCACACACACGAACACAGAGUUUCUGUCUCUACCUUAAACACACAUAAUCCGUCUGUAAGCUCUUUUAACCCUCGGCUCCUGUGAAUUUUAAGCUCCAUCCAGCCAACUUGUCCCCAAAAUGGACACGCAGAUAAGUGUCCAUAAAAAAUAAUCAUUUUUUUCCUUUUAUUUUUUUAAUUUUUCGACUCGUAUCUUUUAACAACUUCAGACCUAACAUUAAGAAAAUUAUAAUUAAAAAAUUCAAUGUAUUAUCCUUUUUAUGCCAGUUUUUCUGCAACAUUUCAUCAUUAUUUUUAAUGCUAAAAAACACAAAAUCGCCAUAUUUCCCAUAUAAAAUGACCUAGAUAAAAAAAUUUUUAAUAAAUAGAGUCCGGGCCAUGUCAAUAAUGAGGAGUAAAAUCGAUUUUGGUGCGUUUAAAUCCUUUUAUUAGUGCCAAUUUUUCAUAUUUUAAGCUCCAUCCAGCCUAUUUUACCCCCAAAACGGACAUGCAGAUAAGUAUUCAUAAAAUAAUCAUUUUUAAACUUUUUUAAAACUUUUUUUGACUCGUAUCUUUUGAACAACUUCAGCCCUGACCAUUAAAAAAAUAAUAAAUAAAAAAUUCAAUGUAUUAUCCUUUUUAUGCCAGUUAUUCUGCAACGUGUCAAUGUUAUUUUUUAAUAGUAAAAAACACAAAAUCGCCAUAUUUGCUAUAUAAAAUGACCUAGAUGAUUUUUUUUUUUUGAUAAAAAUAGUCUGGGUCAUGUAAGUGAUGAGGAGUAAAAUCGAUUUUGGUGCAUUUAAAUCCUUUUUGUAGUGCCAAUUUCCGUAUUUUAGCUCCAUCUAGCCUACUUUGUCACCAAAACGGACAUGCAGAUAAGUGUCCAUAAAAAAUAAUCAUUUUUUACAUACAAGCAUGAGCACACAAACUUUUCCUUACACCAGUGUUGUUUUCGUUGACGAUGAUGUUGAUGAAAAUAUUUUGAAAAAUGUGACUGUCAGCUCAAAAUCAAGAUGAAAAAAAUGACAAAUGUCCUCAAAAUGGACAAAGUAGGAACCGAGGGUUAAAAAAGGAAAAAUUUUUUUAAAUUUGGUUUAGCUGAAGAAAAACACAGAUUUCCUUUGACCCUGCAGACAGGUGAGAUGGGUCUGACCCAGAGCGUUGGGGAGGAGGGGCUGAAGUUCGAAGUUUGGGUCCGACAGGCUCCGCGAACCAAAGACUGCGUCACGCUGCAGGCGAAGGACCGGGACGACAGAACCGCCUGGACUCAUGACAUCGCCCACCUGCUGUGGACACACGCCAUCAACAACACAGGUACAGACUGACCUUUGACAGGGCUCAACAGCGCGACCGUUUCACUCACAUUUGAGACUAAAAAUACAUGUGUGCGAAUUGUAAAAUGUAUUUAGGGGCACAAAUCAGCCGAGGCAACAAAUGCAAAAUGUUAAUACUGCGGGGAAGUUAGUUUUUGGUUGGAUAUUUGACGGACAAUCACUGCUGAUCUACCAGUGUCUUCUCGCUCUCUAUAAUCAGGAAUGGCAAGAGCAGCGCGGUUAAAUCUACCUGGCACCCGUGUUGAAUAAGGGGCCGUCAAUAAAUUACUGGUUGAUGUUCUCAAAAAAGUCUGUUUUCCUUCAAUAGCUUCCAUGUCAUGUGAUCAAUUGACCUAAAAUUGAUUUCAAAUAAUAGUACUAAAGUUGGACGAUAAGACACACCUGUUUAUUUUCAUAAUUUGUCCUCUAAAAAAUGUUUGCGUUAAAUUUAAAGUCAAAUUUUGAACAUUUCCUUCAAUAGCUUUCAUGUCAUGUGACCAAAAGACCUGAAAUUGAUUUCAAAUAAUCGUACUUAUGUCGACCAAUAAGACAAACAUUAUUUGAUCAAUCUGCUCCUCAAGUUCUUUGUGUGCCCCUUACCUUUUCAACUUAAGAGCACAUGAGCGCCCUGUUUGACCCCUUUAGCCUCAUCUUAAGCCUCAGUAUGUACCCUGACAUAAGACUCACAUAUCUUUAGAAACUCACACAGUUUGACAAGCAUUCGGAGAGCGGGCUGUUUUCAUCUGACAAUCCGAUUUGUCUCCGUAACCUGAUCCAGGAUAUAUUAUUACCGCAUAUGUUCUAUUAAUACAGAGCAUAUUAAAACCAACAUCAGCAGCAGCAGCGGUCCUGUCCGCUUUCACGUAUCACAUAUCAUAUCCACCUCCUGAUAUCCAUGAUAUCCACGUCUCAGGAUCUCUUCCUGAUGCCGACUCGGGUUACACGUACAACAAACAAGUGCUGUUCAUCUACUCACACUGACUCCUCUACACCUUGUGAAAUAACGUCCGUACAUGAGGCACAAGUGUAGAAUGCUAUUAGCGGCGCCCUUAAAAUUGGGCCUUCCUCCAAGAGUAAAUAUUAAAUCGUGUUUUUACGAUUCUCUCCUCUCUCAGAGUUGUGUCUGAAGGAGUCGCUGUGUAUGGGAAUUUCCAGUAAACUCCUCCUGGACGCGACAGGGACUCCAGUCACAGAGCUGGACUCCAUCUACAGUCUCAAUGACAGAGGUGAGCCCACCAGGAUGACAUAAUCGUACGCAGGAUAACCACUGCGCUCUGAGAGACGAGAGUAAGACAAGCAAAAGUAUGAAAGCUCUGAAUUAUUAAUGAAUUUUUUUAACAAUCAGAUAAGAUUUCAUUCCAGUUUUUUCAGCCUUAACAGCCCGCACUUACAGGAAGUCUAAACUGUCAUCAGGUAAAUCUGUGGCUUCAGGAAGUCACUCGGUCCAAAUUAACCUGAUUAGAUUACCGGAUUGUUCGUUUUUUUUGCUUCCUGAGCCGAGGCGAUGUCUUCCUGAGAUUACAGACAGGAAACAAAACGGGUCUUGGGUGUAUCUCCCCAUGUGACAAGGUAAUAACGUGCUACAUGUUUUUUUUUUUUUUUUUGUUUCAAUCUCAUGGCCUCGGGCUUCUCUAUGAAUUUUUGAUAUUUGUCUCACACUGAGAAAUUUGGAGGAGCUGCCUGCAGAGGAUAUGUAAGCUCCAUUAUGGAAACACAUUUUCAGCGCUGCUCUGAUCAAAUCCCAUGACAGGCUUCGGUCUCUGUUAAACUGGAGCUUUGUCAUCCUUUACAGUAACCAAACAGCAGGAAUAUUAAAGGAAAUGUGCAGCUUUAAGAUACUGCUGCACCCUUCAAAAAAAGAGUAUGGUUUGGUGACGGUAUUUACCACGUUACGCAGAGAUUUAGCGCGAUUAUUACACUGGAUUUCUCAGUGGUUUAAUAUCUUCACAUCAAGCGGUGACACAAAAUAUCCACAAAACAGAAUUUUUUAUCUUUCUGGCUGCAAAAUGGGGCAGCUAAAGCAGCUGUGAGCCACUUAUUUUCAUGUUUUACUUGUUGUGCUCUAAAAAUAGCAGCGGAUUGAGGCUCUAAAGUGACUGUUGGAGGCUGUAAAGCAGGCCCUGAUACUGCACUGUGAGGAGUCAGGGGAGGAUGGGUCAAUACUUUGGUCUUGGUUGGCCCAGACAUCAAAGUCUGUGAUAGGGACACAGAAGAGUGCUCUAAAUCUGCAGUUUUUUUGAGGGCCAGCAGGGGGCGCCUCCACUUUUUGGUAUAUUCUCUUUCACUGUCUUCCAACAUGAGGACGUCCACAAUGUGAGGUAUCUGUGCAAAUGUGAAGCACUUAGACAUCUGGUUUUCUGUCCUGCUUACGGCUCAAUGAAGUUAUUUAUGCUAACUUCUUAGCACCUGGGCUAAAGCUUCGAUUCACAGCAAAACGGCUUAUUUUUAUGUCCCUUUGGCGCCGUAAAUGUCCAUCCAUUCCACCUUCAGGGGUUCUGUCAAAUCCACCAAAUGAGCAACUAUUGUACAAUUGUACGUUUACAUGACACCCGAGAAAACCGAAUUAUUGCCUCACUCCGAUUAAGACCGGACAACUCAAGCGCACGUAAACACCUUAGUCCGACAAUAAUCGAAGUUUGAGAACUCCGAUUAAGACACCCAGAUUAUGUGAUUGGAAUUCGAUCUCCUCUACCAUGUAACCGGCGUAGUUGGAGUAUGAUUGGACAAUGCAUGUGCGCAUUCGCCACGCCCCCCUAACCCCAGUUGUAGCCGCCUCUAGACGGCUGUUAUCCCUCCAGAUAAGCCCCCCAUUUACUAAUGUCGACUAACUCUGUGACGGUCUAAAGAGGUUGUGUUUCUAGUUAUACGAGUACGUUAGUUAAAACUAGCGCAAACAUUUGCUGUGAGACGAACUCACUGCUGGCGACCAAUUUGCCAAGACUUGCACCACCGCCCUCUGCUGGUCAUUUGUCGUCUUAAGAUACAGCAACCAGACAUGAAUGUGAACUAAUGAGCGAAGAACUGUCGCGCUAGCAUUGCUAGACUCGUCUACCUCGCUUUGUAUCCAGCGUGCUUUUGUAGCAAAGCAGUUGCUUAAUUCUUUUGGCGCCAUCUUCUGGGCAAAGGGCCAUAAUGCAAUAAAAUCCCUCUUGCAAAUUUGAUUAUUGCCAUCUAAAUAAUCAUUUUUUUGCAGGGGUAUGAUUUCUAACAGCCAGCAGGGGGCGACUUCACUGGUUGCUUUAAUUAAAAAAGGUGAUUGUACAGAAGUCUAUGAAGGUCUAUCACCUCAGUGAAUAAAUCUAUCAGUUUUGUUUCUUUUAAAUAUAGAUGGUUCUAUUUAGAGAAGAAGAAACCACAGAGUAGAGAGUCUUUACUUUGAUAAGUGGUUUAAAGGUUAAACAGGAUCACUUCCAGCUCAAGUAAGACAAGAAAUCUCACCAAAACUGCCCAUUUUAAAAAUAAAUCCUGUCCCAAAUCUAUGAAAGUCUUCAUAAAAACCACUUAAUCGGAACAACAGGUCUGUUAGUUUUCCCAAUUGAGCGCUGUGGAGGAAAGAAGGAAAUUACAGAUUGAAACGGCACCAUAAAAAUCACAAGUAACGCGUUUUAUACUAAUCUGUAGGCGGUGUAUCCCUUUAAGGAACGAGGAAGUCAAAACAACAACAACAAAAAAUCAAAUAAAAAACACCCAAUCAUAAAUAUAAACCUCAGAUCCCACACCAACCAUCCACUCUCAAAAGGCCACUGCUGCCCUCGAGCCAAAGUCAUUUCCCAUUCAUAGCCGGGUGUAAUGCACGCACUGCUCACCAGGUGUCUCAUUGAGUGAGGCGGCUCAGGGUUUCAAUGCAUGAAUUGUCCUCUGGGACAGAGAGCAGUGUUAGAAAUUCAUUGAACAGGAUGAGAAAAAAACGCCUUCACUCUGACUCCUCUCUCUUUGUCUCCCCCGUAUACAGUUUCUCCCUCAUUUCACUCCCAGAUAAGAUCACGGUGAUACGGUUUUACGUGUUGAAAGCGCAGACACAUGAUGCAGAUGUUAAAUUAAAACACUCUAAGCAUGCAGCAGGAUGGUUUCACUGCACUACCUCCACGCAAAGAGCAAAACAUUUCAAUGUCACAUGCUUGAUUUGAUUUUUUAGAUGCUUUCUGUUAAUCUUCAAACCUUCUCCUCUCUUCUUAGUCCACAGUAGCUGCUCCGACUCCUCCUCAGUCGGCAGCCAGAAGGAGGGGGGAUCCCCGGCGUCUGGGAGGGACCCCCGGAGGAGCUCCGGAUCAACAAGUUACUCACAGGUGGGGGGUCCACAUUACACAUGAUCCAGUGAUCCCAGCAGAAGUUAAUACUGACAGAAAUGACUCCACGCUUUACGACGGUUAAAUAUAGAUUUAGAAAUGUGAGGAAUGUGAAGGGUGUGUUUUUUUUUUUUUUUCCCCCGCUGGGUUCGUGAUUUUCCAAAUGGCUCGAAGCUUUCCAGGAAUACUUUUCAGGAACUCUUGUCCCCACAGUUCCCAAAAAAAAAGAUCCUUUCAGUGCUGACUGUAAACUCAGGAAUGAUCAAGGUGGAGUUUGAAAUGCAGAGAACGCUGAAGGACAUUUUUAAGUGACCCGUUCUCGACCCCGGUUUCAUAAGAGCUGGGAUGCAGAACUCAAUGGAGUGUGAAUCAUUUCAAACCUCAUUUCUCGAAACGGAAAAAUGUGAAAACUGUGAUGUAACGUGUUUUAAGUAGUUCAGACGAGGACAUGUGGACGAUUGAGUCACAUCAUCUCUUCUUUGGGAUGUUUGGGAUCCAAUCAGAGCACUUUCUCUCAACUGUCCAACACUUUAGGUUAUCCUUUGUCGACUCUUUUACUACAGAGCGACUUCUUCUGCUAGUUUUCGAAUUUUCAAUCUUGGCCCAGUAGUCUACCUACGUGUCCCAUGCAUCAAGCCUCUUCUCUCUAAACAAAUCCAAUCAAAUCCAGGAAAUAUAGCAACAAAAAGUCACAUUUUGAUUCAUCAGUCCACCUGAAGUGGGGUCAGGCCCCAGAGAUGUCGACAGCAUUUCUAGAUCAUGUUUAUUCAAAGUUUCCUCUUUGCAUGAAACAGUUGAGUUUCAAUCCCAGACAAGGGUUUUAAACCCAUGUGGUGAUUUCCACUACAGAGUCCUGCUCUGCUUUUUUAAGAAGUGGCAUCUGAGAGCACAACAUUUUAGCCUGUUUUCAAUAUAACACAAUAGAUAAAGCCGUCAAAUUCUGAACAUUAUCCUGGAGUUGUUGAGUAAUUACUCCCAUCUUCCUUCUGAGAGACUCAGCCGAUCUGAAAUGCCGUUUUUAUUCCCAGUUUUGAUACAAACUUGUUGCAAAUUUAGGCGGUUAGUUGAGAGAUGUUUCCCUGAGUGUUUUUUCUCGAACCACUCCUUCAGGGUUUUGUUGCUCCUGUCCCUGUUUUUAAACAUGUUGCUUGCUAUCAUGAGCUUUUCACAAAACAUGUUUCGACACUUGGUUUUCUGCGCUUUGUCAUUAAAGCUCCUGUGAGGAACUUCUUGGUUUAAGUCAACUGUGGACAAAGCUGUCUUAACUUAUCUUGCCUAUAGCAUGUUAAAGGGAUAUUCCAGCGUAGAAUUAAGUUAGGGUCAAACACACCGUAACACCGAGUUGGACACCCCCUACAGAGAUGAAUGUUGCCGACCGCUUACUUCUCUAGUUAUACCAACUUUAGUAACGACCGCACAAUAGCAAAACACAGCGGUCUGAGGAGCCAUAAACUAACCUCAACAAAAACGCCACUCUAUAGCCACUAUAGCGAGACCUUGACCAGUCCAUUACGGACUACAGCGGAGUUUCGCAGCUCAAGGAAGAACAUUUAUGAUCAUUUUCUUCAUGGAAAUACAAUCAGACCGAGAUGCUAAGGCAGAAGAACUACCGCGUCUGCAGUGCAAAAUGAUUAAUCUGAUGAUUAUUACUUAUUAUCAUAAAUGUUCUUCCUUGAGCUGUGAAACUCCGCUGUAGUCUGUAAUGGACUGGCCUGAGGUCUCGCUACAAACAAGUGGCUGCUGGAAGAGAGUAGGUGAGUUGUGUUUAGUCUCUUUGCUAAAGAAAUGAGUCAAAGUUAAAAAGAUGUUUGGUGGCUAGUACUAUGGCUAGGACUCUAUAUGUCCUGUUGAUGAAGUUAGGUGCUGUUCUGAGCAUUAUUUGUGGCGUUUUGGUUGAGGUUUGUUUAUGGCUCCUCAGACCGCUGUGUAUUGCUAUCGUGCGGUCGUUACUAAAGUUGGUAUAACUAGAGAAGCAAGCGGUCGUCAACAUUCAUCUCUCGACGGGGUGUCUAACUCGAUGUUACGGUGUGUUUGACCCUAAAUUAAUGUUACGCCAGAAUAUCCCUUUAAAUUUAAAUUGAAUGUCAUAAAUAGGUGUCAAUAUGAAUAUAAGGCUAUUCCAUACGUCAAAAAACUCCUUAUAGGAGCUUUAAACUCAAAUGUUUUAUGUUCAAGACCCUCCAAACAGCUAAAACAAUCAUGUAUGUGACUUAAAACAGACGACGCCUCCUCCCCGCUGUAAGAAAACUGUAGUACCUGUCUGUCUCUAUCUCUCAGGUUUAAAUGAAUCUGCUUUGUAAACACACACACAUAUAUAUACACACACACACACACACUUUCUCAAUCUCCUUAUCCAGCAAACAGAAUAUGACAGAUUGGCAAACAGACUGCGCUGGGAACAGAUUGACAGACAGACGGACACACGCAGCAUAAACAGAUAGGGCAAACACACAGACAGCGAUCCGUGCAUAUUCGACAACAGAGGGAGGAUUGACGCCGGUGCCCACGGACACACACACACACACACACACACACACACUCACACACACUGUGGCGCAUUUUAAAAAAAUCACUGUUUCUUUUUUCUCUCUAAGAAUCAGUCUCCAUCUACGGCGGUGUAA